CGGGAGGCGCGAUUAAAGUAUUGGGGAGGGGGUCAGUAUCUGCAAAGUUUCGACUUGAGCUUCCAGUAUCAUUGGACAUCGGCUGGGUUGGAAGCUAUCACCAUGACGCUAGAUUUCACUCUCCCUCCCAUCCACGACAACGAAGACGGGUCAUGGGGACCAAGCUCCAGCACUCUCCCGGCUCAAUUCAAGGACAUUCCCUAUGCACCAUACUCUAAAGCAGACAAGAUCACUCGAAUUGCCGACUGGCACGAUGCUGCAGAGGCCAACACUCGAGGUGGCAGAGCUGGAUACACCUCUCAACGACGGACGCGUGAGGCAUACGGAGCUUCAGAGUCGAAUGCCUUUGGAUACGUGCAUGAAGAAGACGAAAAGAGCUUUUCAUUGGUUGACAGUGGACAGAGGAGACAAACCAAGGCGAGAUUGCCAUUCGGUGCUGGAAGGGGAAGAGGAUUUGGACAGAAUAGGGGUGGUGCGAGAGGCGGUGCGCGAGGUGGUGCCGGUGCCAGAAAUUACAGGACUGGUGGACGUGGAGGAUACAAUGAUUGGAACAAGCCUCAGCGCAAUCGAGACUCGUCCGUGACUAUAUCGCCUGACUGGGCGCUGCUUGAGGAAAUCGAAUUUUCUCGCCUGUCCAAGCUCAAUCUAGGGGUGGAUCAACCCGAGGAUCUUGAAUCCCACGGAAUGAUUCAGAACUUUGACAAGAACUUUGACCGCAUCAACACGCGAAACGAAAAACCAUUGGAGAUUCUGGACAGGGUCCGAUACAAUGCUUCGACCUCGGACGACCCUAUCAUCUCUCAGUUGGCCUCGAAAAAGGCCGCUCAUGUCUUCGCGACGGAUUCUAUCCUCUCUGUCCUCAUGUGCGCACCUCGAUCCGUCAAUUCAUGGGACUUGAUCCUCGAACGACGAGGAGACCAACUCUUCAUGGACAAGAGGGAAGGUGGACCUUUCGAUUUCGUCAGUGUCAACGAGAACGCCGCGGACCCCCCUGUGGAUUCUGACGAUCCAAACAACAUCAACUCGCCAGCUUCUCUCUCGCUCGAAGCGACGUACAUCAACCACAACUUUGCAUCUCAAGUCAUUCUUCCUAAAUCAAAAACCUAUGAACCUUCGCCCAACCCUUUCUACUCGGCCGAACAAGAGCAAGACGAACCUGCGUCUUGCCUGUACAGAUACAGAAAAUACGACCUCUCCGUCAAUGAGGAUGAAGUCAUGGAUAUUAUCGUUAGGACCGAAGUGGAUGCUUAUCUCGGCAAGAAGGACUCGCUCGUCACUGUCAAGGCUUUGAAUGAGUAUGAUCCGCGAGUUCAAGGAGGAUCGGGCAAACCUCUUGACUGGCGAAAGAAUCUGGACACACAGAAGGGCGCCAUUGUCGCCGGAGAAAUGAAGAACAACAGCGUCAAGCUGGCUAGGUGGGCAGUGCAAAGUGUCUUGGCGGGCGCCGAGUUGAUGAAGAUGGGAUACAUUUCUCGAGCCAAUCCUCGUGAUGCUGCCCGACAUGUCAUUGUCGGCGUUCAGUCUUACAAACCCAUUGAUUUUGCCAGACAGAUGAAUGUCUCGCUGAACAACGGAUGGGGUAUCGUGCGGACCAUUGCCGAUCUUGUCUUGAAGCAGCCCGAGGGCAAAUACGUGCUUGUCAAGGAUCCGAACAACCCAAUCGUCCGACUUUACCGUGUGCCGGAGGAUGCUUUCGAUGUUGGCGCGAUCGAAGAGGAGCAGAUCGAGGAAGAGCCCGAGCACGAGUAGAUCAAGCAUCGAAGGCAUGCAUUCUGUGUGUUGAGUGA